CUGGGCAAAGAGAUCUAUAGAGACCGUAAACACCCAAGUAAAUUUCAGAGCCUCCAUAUAUAUUUUAUAAAACAUUCUACGUCCAACUGUACAAACUUACCAAUUAAUUUUCUCCAAAUAAAUAUUAUUUUUUCCCCUUCCCUGAUUGUUCGUUGGUGUAUCUCCAAUGCGAGGGCACGGGCAAAAGCGACAGGUCUCGCUGAUUGGGGCUAUGAGCUAAUGGACGGGCCGGCGUUUUGCGCGCCGGCGGGAAAGAAGUAAGUGAGGAGAGAGGAGUCGGCAGUUCCUUACCAAAAGAACUUCUCACCCGCUUUUGCUCGCUCUCGAUCUCGCUCUCAACACCAACGUCUACGUCUACCGAUCCCCCUCACGAGACAGCAUAGGGCCGGCCACCACCGAUAUGGAAUCAAUCACCGCCACCAUGCCUAUCGAACAACCCCAGAUCAAAUACGAAUCCCCCUACAGCGCCGACCCUCCCCCGUACGACCCACACCAGCACUCCCCCCUCAAACGCCGCUUCUCCCCCUCAACACCCCACGCCCCAGCCUCAGAUGAAAAGCGCCAGCGCAUUGAGGUUUCUCCCCCGGCGCUGGGUGGGGAUGACAUGGAUUUCGCGGCUAUGAUCGCUGCUGCCGCUGCUACGGCUUCGGAAGAGGCUGGGCCCGCGCCGCCGCAACAGCAACACCAGAUGCAGCAGCACCAGCAACAUAGUUUUGCGCCGCAGGAACCGUUGCCGUCAGUGGAAGGGUACCAGGCAGGGCAGGAGUUUGGGGGAAGCAGGGAGGCGGCGGCGGAGAUCAGUAAUGGGUUUUCAGCGGAUCCGCAUCUGUAUAUGCGAAUCUUGAGUUUACCUAUCCUGGAGAGCUUGUCUACGCAGAUCCUCUCCACGCUGGCGCAGGGCCCGUACUCGGAGACGAUCAAGAUCGUGACGCAGCCCGAGUCGGAGCUGGGACAGGCGUACGCGACGCUGAAAUCGCUGUUUGACCAGACCAAGAAGAUUUACUCGCAGCAGAAACCGUUCCUCUCGGCUGAUGAGCUGAAUAUCCGCGAGCCGGAGCACCGCGGGACGAUACGGACGACGAAUCUGGCGACGUUUGUGUCGUCGGUGGUGGGGGGGCAGGAUGUGGGGUUCUAUGAGUUGAAUGAUCAUUUUAUUGAGACGUUUGUGGCGGAUGGGGCGGAGUUGCAGACGGAGCCGGGACUGUUGUAUUUGAAUCUUAAGACGCAGAUGUAUCUCUCUGCGGUGUCGCAGGAGGAGCAGGAGAGGACGAAGGAUGAGGUCUUGGAUGAUCUGUUUCCUGUUAGUCUUGGGGAUACGCUGAGGGCGAGGCAUCCGGGGUCAGAUCUUACGCAGAGUGAGAUUGAAUUUGUUAAGGAGGCGAAUGCGAGGAGGGAGUAUCUACAGAAUGAUUCUGGUGAUCCGGAUUCUAUAUCUAUCCUCUCGGAACAAUACGCCUGGGAGGAUUUCCUCAAGAACCUCAGCGACCAUCUCAAGAAGGCAUAUGAGCCAUUAAUAGCUCCCUACAUGAGGCGACACGCCUUAACCGCCCCCCCUCCAUCCCUCCACACCCAGCAACACCAGCACCCCAACCCCACCGCCGAGCAGCAAACCUCACCCAAACCCCCCCACGACCCCCAACAACCGCCCCAACAACACCCCGAACCCGAACUCGACCUCGGCGACCUCGACAUCGAGCAAGCCACCCGCGCCGCAACCCAACACGCUCUCCAGAGCAUAGGAUACUCGCAAUACGACCGUCAGCAACAAACCCAACCCCAGCAACAACACCUCCAACAACAACACCAGCAACACGCCCAGCAAAUGACAAGCUAUGCCCAGGAAUACCCCGCGGGUGCAGUACCGUACCACACACAGACGGCACCGACACAAGUCCUAUACGAACAAGCCCGCCAAGCCGCCGUCGCCAAAGCAUCCCCGCACAGUCGCCGUCCCGGCCUCCCCAGCCAACGGCGCCCGUGGUCGACCGAAGAGGAAAACGCCUUAAUGGCCGGCCUCGACCAAGUCAAGGGCCCGCACUGGUCGCAGAUCCUCGCCUUAUACGGCGCCAAAGGGCAAGUCAGCGAGAUCCUCAAAGACAGGAACCAAGUACAACUCAAAGACAAAGCGCGGAACCUCAAGCUGUUUUUCUUGAAGAGUAAUAUCGAAGUACCAUACUACCUCCAAUGCGUGACUGGCGAGCUGAAGACCCGCGCACCGAGCCAGGCGGCGAGGAAGGAGGCGGAGGAACGCGCGAGGCUGGCGAGUGAUGAGGAGCAGGCGCGGUUUAAUGGGAUUAUGGCGCUGGCGGGGGGGAUGCAGGAGGGGGGGCUGGGGAUGGGAGGGCAGGGGGAGAUGCAUGGGGGACAUCAUUUGCAGCAGCAGAUGGAUGGGUUGCAACAGCAGCAGCAACAACAACAACAGAGGGGGGAUGAGCAGCAGCAGCAGUUUGAUGGACAGCACCAGCAGCAUGGACAGCUUGGACAGCAGGGGGAGGUGAAUCAGUCGCCGAGAGGGCAGGGGCAGAUUGGUGCACAGGGACAGCAGCAGGCGGGAGGACAGGAGGUGUCGCAGUUGGAUUUUGAGGAUGCGUUGGGGGCGAGGCUGAUGGAGAGUUUGGAGGAUCAUGAUAAGAGGGCUGCUAGUGUUACGACGUCGUAGAGUUGGUUGGUGGGGUGGGAUGUGAUGUGAUGUGAUUGAGUGAGAUGAGUAAGUGAAUGAAGAAAGAGCAACAGAAAGAGAAUUUUUUGGGGAGUUCUUGAGAGGGUGUUUAUUGUUUCGGUAUUAGAGCAUUGAGCGUAUAUAGGUUCGGUGGAGAAGCCAUGGCGAUGAGGCUUGAAAGGAGGGUUACAUUAGUACGAGAAAUAUAGAGGACAGUAACCAAGACAAAGUAACCAAAAC